ACAGAGUUUAAGAUACGAUAAAAGGCAGCACUACUCUUGUUCUGCCUCAGAGGUUCCUGCCCUGCAUACAUAUUGGCAUGGCAAAGAGGACUUUGUCACUGUUGCUACUGCUGCAGGUGUUGCAUGGGUUCUGUGUACCAACUUCAGCACAAGUCUGCAGAUUGCUUGGUCAGCCUGCCCUUCCUCUUCUUUCUGCAGAAAGAGACAUCAACAUCGGGGCGAUUUUCUUCCUUCACAAAAGUGCUCUUUUGCAAAACCAUCAUUUCACUUCCAAACCAGAGCAAACAACAUGUGGCAGCUUGAAUUUGCGUGAAUUUAAAUUUGCUCAGACACUGAUUUUUGCCAUUGAGGAGAUUAAUAACAGCACACAGCUGUUGCCUGGUGUUUCUUUGGGCUAUAAGAUAUAUGACUCCUGUGGUUCAAUAGCUCAGGCCAUCUUCUCAGGCAUGGCAUUGAUGAACGGUUAUGAAGAGACUUUGAGUGAUACGUCUUGUUCUAGACCACCAGCUGUUCAUGCCAUUGUUGGAGAGUCAAACUCCUCUCCCACCGUUGGCUUGGCAUCUGUAGUUGGUCCAUUCAACUUACCUGUUAUCAGUCAUUUUGCCACAUGUGCAUGCCUGAGUAACAGAAAAAGGUAUCGAUCCUUCUUCAGAACAAUUCCCAGUGAUUAUUACCAAAGUAGAGCACUGGUUCAGCUUGUCAAGCACUUUGGCUGGACUUGGGUUGGGACAGUCAGGAGUCGCAGUGAUUAUGGUAAUAAUGGGAUUGCAGCAUUUGAGGAGGCUACAAAAAGAGAAGGUAUUUGUAUUGAAUAUACAGAGGCCGUAUUUAAAACUGACCCAGAAGAGCAGUUUCUGAAGACACUGGAAGUGAUAAAGAAGGGCACAGCCAGAGUGGUGCUGGCAUUUAUUGCAUUAGGGGAUUUUGUUCCCUUCCUGAAAGUAAUUGCGCAGCACAACAUCACAGAGCUGCAGUGGGUUGGCAGUGAAUCCUGGAUAACUUCUCGAAAUCUUGCAGAAACAAAGGAAUACAGUUUCCUUUCUGGAGCUGUGGGUUUUGCUAUAGCAAAUGCCAAGAUUAUGGGCCUGCACGAGUUCCUACUGAAUGUGCAUCCUGAUCAAGAACCAAAAAAUAAACUUUUAACCGAAUUCUGGGAAACAGUUUUUCAAUGCUCUUUCAGGAGCAGUGGUAGUAAUGACUGUACUGGCUCAGAGAGACUGGAAGAGCUGCAAAAUGAAUAUACUUAUGUAUCAGAGCAACGAAUAGAGCAUAAAGUUUACACUGCAGUGUAUGCUGUUGCACAUACACUACAUAAUGUGUUAAAAGACUUUGGAUCCUCCACCAGCAGCAGCAAAGGAGAACAGCCCACACCACAAAAGGUGUUGGAAUAUAUGAAAGAUGUGAGCUUCACUGUUAAAACAGGUGAGAAAAUUUUCUUUGAUGCAAGUGGUGAUCCAGUGGCGAGAUAUGACCUUGUGAACUGGCAGCCUGCUGAGGAUGGACGUCUGCAGUUUAAGCAUGUGGGUGUCUAUGACAGCUCAAUGCCUUUGGAGAAACGUCUUCAAGUCAAUCAGGAACACGUGCUAUGGGCAGGAAACAGUGGACAGUUGCCUGUCUCCAUGUGCAGUGAGAGCUGUCCUGCAGGCACUAGGAAGGCUGUACAAAAAGGAAGACCUCUCUGCUGUUAUGACUGCAUUCCAUGUGCAGAGGGAGAAAUCAGUAAUAUCACAGGCUGUAGCAGACUCUGCAGUGUAGGCCGGGUCAGCACUAGACACAGUGGACUCUCAGUGACCAUCUUCAUGACAGCCAUCUUCUGGACCUGCAUUAUAUACUUCCUAAUAAAAAAUGACAUUGACUUUUUGCAAUUAACAAGAAAUGGAAAUUUAACUUAAUGAUCCUUUCCCUUCAAGUUUUUUUUUUUUUUUUUUUUUGGUUACCUUUAUUUAUAUAGCGCUUUUUACAGUGCAGAUUGUGUCAAAGCAGCUUUACAGUAAUAAGUUUUAGAAUAAAUGUCGUAAAAUAAUUCCAGCAGUAAGCCAUUUUACAUUUUAUUGGUUUUAUAAUUUAACACCAUUUUAUGCAUCUUAUAUGUAUUUUGUAUGUUAAACCUCAUGUCAUAUUAAAUGCAAAUUGUAGACUGAAGUCAAAUUA